AUGAAUGGAGAUGUUAAAAAAGAAGAACUUGAAUUGAAAGAAGAGACGAGUGAGACUGUUGAAGCGAAACCAGAAAAAACGGAAAAAAAUGAUACAAGUGAUCUCAAAGAGACAGUUGAACCUACCGAGGCCAAAGAGCCAAGCGGUACCGAAGUAAUUAAAUCUCCUAAAGUAGAAGGAGAAGAUGAAGACAGCGAGGAGGAUGCUCUUGCACCCAAUGAGAAUGUUGAAGUUAAACCUCCUCCUCAGGUUGAUGUGAAACAAUUACAUAGUAAUCCUGAUUUCGCAUCCAUAUGUAGUUUUUUCAAUAAGUUUGGAGCAAUGAUUGGAUUCAAACCUAUGUCGUUUCCUAAGUUAGAAAAUAUGCUCACAACGUUCGAUGAUCAAGGAAGAAUUAGCAAAGAGUUGAUCGAUUUGCAUCUAGCCUUGAUGCGUCGUUUACGGAUGAGCUCUAUUCGCUUCGAAACUUGGGAAACUUAUUUGAAGAAGUUUCUAGAAAUAAGUGAAGGUACUAGUACUGAACUUCUGCAGCUCGAGAGAUAUGGCUAUGUCCACCUACCCGUUUCAACAAAGAUACUGAUUUUAAAAUAUUUAUGUGACGCACAGUUCGAUUUCAACCCUCGGCUGAAAGAAAAUAUGGUAGCAGCUUGUAAAGCUGUUGAUUUGCGUCUCAUACCUGUCGGAAUGGAUAAGAAUGGUUUCUCUUAUUGGUUUCAACAAGACGUGGAGUAUAACAUCCGCGUAUAUACCGAAGAACCUGAUGAUUUGAGUGGCGUUACUUGGAGUUUAGUAGUUAACACUCCUGAGGAUCUAAUCAAUUUAAUAGCCCGUCUGAAGAAAGAGGAUUUAGGGUAUGUGAAGAAGGAGCCGACGAAGAAGGAGAAAGAGAAAGAAGAGGCCAGAAAAGCUCAGCAAGAGGAAGGGCUCAUUCAAAUGACUACCAAAAAAGGAACCUUCUUAGAUACUUGCUAUGAUGAUGCCUCUGUUAAGAAAAUGCGUGAAGACCUUAUUAAGCAGAAAGAAGAAAGAAAACAGAGAAGAGAAAAGAAGCAACAGGAGAGUGAAAAUGAAGAAGAGGAAGAAGAGGAAGAGGAGAAGCAACCAGAAGAGCAAGAAGAAGAAUUGGAUCGCCGAAUGAUGCCUCGUCGUAGUGCCGCUAGUAAAGCUGUUUCUAAUUUAAAGAAAUUUGCCACUACUCCUCGAAAAAGUAGUGGUCCUCGUAAGAAGAAAGAAGUAGAAGAGGCAGAUGAUGAAGAAAAGAAGUCUGCAUCGGGCUCUGAGUCAGGAUCUGAAGAAGAUGAAGAGGAGGAUGAAUUCCAAUCGGAGGAAGAUAAUAAUGACGAAGAUGACGAUGAUGAUGAAUUCCGACCUAAGAGUGAGAAGAAAAAGAAAGGAAAGAAGAGAAGAAGAAAGAAGAAAGUUGAAUUGGACGAUGACGACGAUGACGACGAUUCUGAUGAAGAUGAGGAACCAAAAGAAAGAAAGUUGGCUACCGGUGACUCUGCAUGCGGGCAAUGCAAGAAAAGUUCUGAUUGGGACGUUUUACUUCUCUGCGAUGUUUGUGACGAUGCGUGGCACACAUAUUGUUUGAAACCUAUGUUAUGGUUUGUGCCUGACGGUGAUUGGUUCUGUCCAAAAUGUGUUCAUGGCAUGCUUAUCGAAAGACUUGAAGAGGUGGAAAAAUGCUUGGAUGGUCAUUUGAAAAAGAAAAUGGCAGAAGAUCGAAGAAAGAAAGCAGCAGCUGAUAGAUUACGUAGGGAAAUGGAGUAUAUUGGUGUUUCUUUGAACAAUAUCAUUCCAACAACGAUGAAACAAGCUCAACCAUCCUCAAGCUCCUCAUCGGAUGAAGAUGAUGGACAAAGAAGAAGUAAACGUAAAGCCGUGAAGAGAAUAGCCCCACGAUCGAAAUUCCAAAUGGAAGUGAUCCAAACUAUUGCUGAAGGACGCUCUCGGCGUCGAACAAAGCAUGUGGACUACAAUUUCUCUGAGUAUGAUUCGAUGAUACACGAAGCCUGCACCGAAUUAGGAGACUCUGCACAAAAAGAAGCAGAGCCAGGUCCUGCUGGAGUAGUGAGACCUACAGGAGGUGCAGGGAGAGGAAAGGAUAUGGCUAAUAUACUGGAAGCUGAAAAAAUUAGAAAAGGAAGUGUUGAGGGUGAUGAAGACGACGAAGUUGAACGCCAACUAGGGAAACCAGCACGGUCUCAGGCCAAGCCCAAAAGGAAGUUGAACGAUUUGGACAUAGACAAUAGGGAGGAGAGUGAUUCUGAAGAGUAUCAAGCGAAUGAAUCCGACGAGGAAGUAGCAGAUGAGGAAGAAGCAUUGUCAGGAUCCGAUUAUGUCCCUUCAGAUGAGCAGAGGAGGACUAGAAGGUCGGGAACACGAGCUGCUGGCUUCCGAGAGUAUGGUCCCACGCAGAGUGACGAAGAUUUUGUUGUGUCCGGAUCUGAGGACAGUGACUUCGGUUAUAGAGGAAAGAAAAGGAAGAUAGAAAAGCGGAAAAUUAAGAAGAAGAAGGGACGAUGGAAUGGCUCCGAUUCAGAAGAAUCCGAUAACUACUCUGACGAUUCAGACUAUGGACCUCAAAAGAAAAAAGAAAGAGAAAAAGCAAAGAAAGCAAAAUAUUCUUCAUCAGAAGAUAAUGAAGAUGAAGAAGAACUUGAGCUUCCUUCUGAAGAUGAUGAAGAUGUACCAAGAACCGAAACUGGAAGACCUAUGCGGAAGGCUGUCGUGAAAGCAAAAACAACGAAGGAAAGUGAUGACGAAUUGGAUGAAGAUGAAGAAGAAGAAGAGGAAGAGGAAGAAGAACUCAAGAAAAAAGAGGAAAGACCUGUUGGAGCACUGGAUAGAAGUGAACGCAAUCCUCCUGAUAACUCUGAUGAUUCUGAAGAAGAUUUCAAGCCGGAUGACGCCGAAGAGGAAGAAGACGAAGAAGAAGAUGAAGAGGAAGAAGUUAUUCUUAAAGAAACCCCGAAAGUGAAGAAAACUUCCGAAGAAAAGGAUGACUUUAACCAAGCCAAGAAAAGAAAACCUUUAGAUGAGGAUGUGUCUGAACCAUCAUUGAAACGUGUGAAAGAGAACGUCCCAGACGUCAAAAAGAAUGAGCCGGUAGUUGCGGCAAAGCCUAUUCCUUCUGUUGCGAGUUCAAUUCCCAGUCAACAACCAGUUCAAACAACCUCUCCUAAAAAUGUUAAAAUUACUGCGCCUGUGCCGGUCACUCAAGCUGCUCCAUCUAGGAACGAGGUGGAGAUGGAACUUCCUCACCCAAUAGCGAAACCAAAAGUUUUGCCUCCAAAACCUAUUCCUCAAGGACCUCCAAACUAUGGUGUUCCUGGACCCUAUAUGAACCAUUAUUAUCAAGGACCUCCUGCUAAUAUGCCUCCUUAUGGCCUACCUCCCGCACCUUACAACCCGUAUGCUCCUCCAGCUGCUCAUUGGCAGCAACCACCGCCAAAUUUGUAUGGACCUCCUCCUGCAACUGCACUACCUCAUAAUCCGUAUGCUCCUGUUCCUGUACCUAACCCGUAUAGCCAGUCAACUUCUCAAGCACCCCCUGGUGGAAGCAACCUAAACGAUCUACAAUCUUUGUAA